AUGUCAUCAUCUUCCAUGUUUGAUUCUGAUGAGAACAAUGAAACCAAUAACUUACCAGAUAGCCUUUCUGAUUCAGAUGAAAACAUUGAAAACAACAACGCAGUAGCUAAUAUUUUUGAUUCGGAUGAAAACAACGAGAAUAAUUUAAGCAACAACACUAACGAUGUUAAUGUAAACAACAACGCGGCAGCAAAUAUUUUUGAUUCAGAUGAAAACAAUGAAAAUAUUGAUGUACCAGACGAUAAACAUGACCUUGAGAUAGAAGAUUUAUUUGGAGCAGGUGGAAGUGGUGAAGAUGACGAUGACUUACAAUUUGAAGAAAAAGAGACCGAGAAACCCCAUUCUAAAGAAGCAGAUAUACAAAUAUUCGGUGCAUUGCCUCAUACUAGAACUAACAAACUUGAUUUAAUAAGAAUGCCAAGAUUUUUUACUCAAUCAUAUACAGACUUUGAUCCCAAGACAUAUAAUGGAGAAAAUGAGUCAAAUUAUUACAAAGGUGUCAAAUUGGCAGCAGAAAGUUCAAUUAGAUGGCGUUAUAAUAAGAGAAAAAAAGAAGAUGAUGAAGAUGAGAUCAUUGAAAAAGAAACAAAUACAAAAUUGGUUAAAUGGUCUGACGGUUCAAAAACACUUCAUAUUGGAAAAGAAGCAUAUUUAUUAAAUUCUUAUGAAUUUGCAAGACCAAGAUAUAUAGCAAUUGCACAUAAGCAAACAAAUGUUCUCGAGUUUCAAUCAAGGGUUCCAGGUUAUUCUUCUUUUACACCUAAUAAUUUGCACAGUUUAACACAUAAAAGAUUGACGGCUGCUAUUCAAGCAGAACAUAAAAAACAAAUGAAAACCAAAUAUAUUGACUUUUCAACGAAUGAAAAACUGAUGAAAGAGCAUCAAGAACAACAAAGAAAAGGUCAAAGGGCUCAAAAAUCAUCUAAUGCGCCUAAAACCAGUAAAUCACGUAAAAGAGAUCGUUCAUCUGACGAGGAUGCAGAUAUAAUAUCAGCAAGAAAGUCAUUAUCACACAAUGAUACUUAUGAUGACGAUUCUGGAUUUGUG